AUUUUUCCAUACUUGAUGACUGGCUGUUUGAGACCAGUCCCUUUUGUAACAAAAGUCCAAAGUGGACAAAACAAAAUAAAACAACUUAACCUGAAACUCAGAAUUUCCAAUAAAUUUCAUCAAAAGCAAUAAUAUUAAAAUUCAAUCACUAACCCGCUGUAACCAUAGAUCUUUCUAAAAAGGUAUUAUAUAACUACCAAAAUUGUGCAUUUAAAAUUAAAUGCUUAUUUCUACUAUAAGAUGCGUCAAAUUCAUAGAUACAAAAAAUAUGCUUUUGCUGAAAUCAUACCUGACCAUAUUUUGGAACUUAUUUUUUUGUAUCUAAGAUUGAGAGAUAUUCGAAACUGUGCGUUGGUAUGUAAGACUUGGUAUAGAAUGCUCAGUGAUGAGAAUAAUGAAGUGUGGAGAUAUCAUUGUUAUAGAAGAUUAACAGAAGAAAUGAUGAAAUCUGAUUUACUUUCGUGCCUCAGAACUUAUAGAGAAAAACUUAGAGCAUAUUGCCAUGCUUGGAAUCCGUAUGAUUGUUCGAGAAACAUUUAUAUCAAACCAAAUGGAUUUACUUUACACAGAAAUCCUGUAGCACAGAGUACAGAUGCUUGUAGAGGAAAGGUUGGAUUUUAUCGUGGUCGUCAUGCUUGGGAAAUUAUAUGGGAAGGUCCCCUUGGCACAGUAGCUGUCAUAGGGGUGUCAACUAGAGAUGCACCAUUGCAAUGUCAAGGAUAUGUAGGAUUGCUUGGUUCAGAUGAACUGAGUUGGGGCUGGAAUCUUGUUGAUAAUCAUUUAUUACACAAUGGUGAUACUCAAGGACAUUAUCCAUUGUUAAAUAACUGCCCCAAAUAUCAAGUUGGUGAAAGAAUAAGAGUGAUACUUGAUUGUGAUCGUCACACCCUCUCAUUUGAAAGGAAUUAUGAAUUUUUAGGUGUUGCAUUCCGUGGUCUACCUAAUAAAAGACUUUAUCCAACUAUAUCAGCAGUGUAUGGAAAUACAGAAGUUUCUAUGGUGUAUGUAGGUCCUCCGCUAGAUGGUUGAUAGAAAAUCUACUUAAUUAUAACUGGUAUCUAGUCAAAUAAUUGUGAUAUAAUGACAUUCUGGAAAACAUCUUGGUUUGUAUUCUUAAUAGUAUUUGAUAUGAAAUUAUUCUGUUUUUGUUUUAUGCUACUUAAAAUGUUCAAUUUUCUAUUUUACAUUUGUCAAUAUUAUUUAUUUCUUACUGAUUAUAUGUUAUGUAGGUAUUCAUUAUAUAAA